AGUUGAUUUAUGAACGUCCUUUGACUCAUGUGACUUUUUAGGCAUAAUUCUAAUUCUAAAGUCACGGUUCACAAUUUACAGCUGUUCCAUCUUGUCACCCGCAGAAGUUACUAACGCUGAUAACAUUUUACAUCAUUUACAUGUUUCAGUGCUGUUCGCUGUUCGCUGAGUGGCCGAGUUGACAACAUUACUGUCGAGUGUCGGCGAAUGAUACCUUAAUCUUAAAUCAUUUCACUACUUAUGUUAUUCGUUUAUUGUCCAAGUUAUUAAAUUGUAAUUAAUAAUUAUUAUUCUACUGUUUAUUAUAGUGAGUUAAUCGUACUAUAAUAUUAUUUUCAUAAAUCGUAAUAUUAAAGUAUACCGCCAGCCCCAUUAUGAGUAUUUUCAGUGACGUUGAGGAAGCAAAGCCCAUCGAAGUAUUCGAUCUAGUGAGAAAAUUUAAUGAAGACGAAUAUCCAUCGAAAGUAAAUUUGACCAUUGGGGCAUAUAGGACAGAUGAAGGCAAACCAUAUUAUAUUCCUGUUGUAAAAAAAGCUGAGAGUGAGGUGCUUGAAGGUACAAUGAAUCACGAGUAUUUACCUAUAUUGGGCUUAGAACCUUUUACUAAAGCUGCAUCUCAACUACUAUUGGGCGAUAUCACUCAGCGACAAGAGGAAGGAACCAUAUUCGGUGUUCAAUCUAUCAGUGGUUCUGGAGCACUUAGAGUAGGUGCAGAAUUUUUAGUCAAACAUUUGAAAUGUACGACAUUCUAUUAUUCAAUACCAACUUGGGAAAAUCAUCACUUGAUUUUCAUGACAAGUGGAUUUAAAGAUGCCAAAACUUAUCGCUAUUGGAAUGAAGAAUCAAGAUCUCUUGAUUUUGAUGGAUUUUGUGAAGAUUUAUCAAAUGCACCAGAAAAUGCAGUUAUUAUAUUACAUGGAUGUGCUCAUAAUCCUACUGGUUUAGAUCCAACUGAAGAUCAAUGGAAAAAAAUCGCAGAAAUUAUAAAAGAACAUAAAUUAAUACCAUUCUUCGAUAAUGCCUACCAAGGAUUUGCAUCUGGAGAUUUAGAAAAAGAUGCAUGGUCUGUGCGUUACUUCCUUAGUCAGGGGUUUGAGUUUUUAUGUUCACAAUCAUUUGCUAAAAACUAUGGACUUUACAAUGAACGUGCAGGAAACCUAACUUUUGUAUUGAAUUCUGGUGAAAAUGUCAAAGCUGUAAAAUCUCAGGUGACAAUGAUUGUUAGAGGGAUGUAUUCAAAUCCACCAAACCAUGGUGCACGUACUGUCAGUACAAUAUUAAAUAAUGAUGUAUUCAAAAAUGAAUGGAAGUAUACCUUGAAGCUAAUGACAGAUAGGAUAAAAGCUAUGAGAAAAGCUUUACGAGAAAAUUUGGAAAAGCUUGGUACAGUCGGGACAUGGAAUCAUAUAACUGAUCAAACUGGGAUGUUUUCCUAUACAGGAUUAUCAGCAAGUCAUGUAGAAUAUUUACGACACAAAUAUCAUAUUUACAUGUUGGGGUCAGGGCGUAUUAACAUUUGUGGACUGAAUACAAAUAAUAUAAGUUAUGUAGCUGAAGCAAUUAACGAUGCUCUAUUAAAUGUUGCCAAGUAAAAAUAUAAUAAAGUAAUAAGAACCAUAACAAACAAAUUGUUUUUAUUGUUUAUCUCUGUAGACUAGAAAUAUUUUUUAUUUAAUUUAUAAAUAGAUAUUUACACAAUUAUUGUAUGUUGGUAUAUUAACUAUCACU